AUGUCGAGCGAAGACCCCUUGACGCUGGCCAUGGCCCCACCGCCAAACGAGACACCAGACCAAAAGUCCCGCAGGCUGAGGGAAGAGGCCGAAGCCAAGCGGGUCUCGGACGCGAUUGACGAGGAGAUCAAGGAGGCACGUGCGAGGGAUCGGAAGCGCAAGGCUAGCGAGAGCGAAUCUGGAAAGAGCACGACGCUCAAGCAGUUCCAGCUCAUGUACUCUCCCAACGCAUUCCAUUCCGAGCGAUCAUCGUGGCGGGCUGUGAUAUACUUGAAUCUUGCACGCUCGGUCCGCAAGAUACUGGAUGCGCUCGAUCCCGCCUCGUUUGUCGAGGAUGUCGAGCCUCCCACACCCGACCCUGAACAACGUCCGGGAACAGCACUCAGCAUACGCACCGAGGAAAAACUUGCUCAUAUUUCCGAAUUGAGACUGCGCUUGCAGCCACUCAUGCUCCUCGAGGACCAAUUGAAUCGAACGCUGGCCGGGGAUUUGAGCGGUAACGAGUUGGAACCCACUCGCCUGGGAUCAUACGCAGCACCCCAUCGCGACUCGGGGGACAAGCAGGACAAGGAAGUGGCAGUGAGGAGUGGAUCAACAUGGAAGAAGGCAUUAAACCCUUUCAAAGGCAAACGUAGCGACGAUGACGAUGCGUAUACCUGGGACGACCCCAACGACCCCGGACACACCAUCUUCGCACUCAGGGAAGACAUGCUCGCUCUAUGGAGAGACCCAUUCGUCCAAGACGUGCUUCACAAGCGGAGACUGCAGCUCGAACACACUGCCGGAUUCUUCCUAAAUGACAUGGAACGCAUCACCGAAAGGCGGUACAUCCCCACCGACGAUGAUGUACUCCGUGCGCGAUUAAAGACGCUUGGUGUAGUUGAGCACCACUUUGCGUUGGAUAGGGGUGCGGAAAAGGGUGUCGAUUGGAGAAUCUACGACGUUGGAGGAGCUCGUGGACAAAGACACGUCUGGGCACCGUUUUUCUCUGAUGUCAACGCCAUCAUUUUCCUAGCUCCCAUCUCGGCAUUCGACCAAAUGCUCGCCGAAGACCGUCGAGUCAACAGAAUAGAAGACUCGAUCCAGCUGUUCAAGAUGGUGUGUGGUAACAAAUUACUGGCCAACCUCUGCGUUCCAUACGUAGUCAUGGGCGCAAAGAAGGUAGUCUUGGUCAGGGUUGGAUUCCAGACGCGACCGGGUUUACGCCCUACGUUGGUUGACGUAAUCGUCACCACCCACUCUUGUACCCCAUUGACCGUCAACAUUGUCCUCUUUCUCAAUAAAUGCGACUUGCUCAAAAAGAAACUUGCCUCGGGUAUCAAGGUGAGCAAGUACGUCACGAGUUAUGGGGAGCGUCCGAACGACUAUGAGCAUGUCUCAAAAUAUUUCCGAACGAAAUUCGGAGCGAUUCAACGGGAUUAUUCUGUUGCCCCUCGCGAGUUGUAUGUUCACUUGACGUCGGUGACGGAUACUCGAGCGACGAGCGCAAUUAUUCACAAUGUCCGAGAUAUCAUCCUAAGACAAAACCUGAAAAACUCAAGCCUCAUGUAA